CUGACCGAUAAAACCGAACCAUGACCUAAAUUGCGCUCCAAAUUUUAGCAGUCCCUUUCUUCAUUUCCUUCCUCUGCUUCUUCUCCGGUGGAUGUCCUCUUUCAUCAAUGGCGGCGAGGAUAAACACUUCGCUUCAUAACGCCCUCUCUUUUUUAAAGCCUUUUAACACUCCCCUCAAUACCAAACCAUUCUCUUUUAGAAGAAACAGCUUCAGAUUUUCCAAAAAGCUUCCUUAUUAUUCUCAGUUUUCCUCAGGGAAGAGAGCUCUCUAUUGCACUUCCAGUUCCCAGGAAAGUACCGUCGAUGAAGGCGAGACAUUUGUCCUCACCACUCCUCUUUAUUACGUUAAUGCCCCUCCCCACAUGGGUAGUGCUUACACCACUAUCGCCGCCGAUUCAAUUGCUCGUUUCCAGAGACUGCUUGGUAAGAAGGUUAUCUUUAUCACAGGAACAGAUGAACAUGGUGAGAAGAUAGCUACUUCAGCAGCUGCUAAUGGACGUAAUCCUCCUGAACAUUGUGACCUCAUUUCUCAAUCUUAUAGAACUCUUUGGAAAGAUCUCGAUAUAGCUUAUGACAAAUUCAUUAGAACUACUGAUCCUAAGCAUGAAGCUAUUGUAAAAGAGUUCUACGCUCGUGUUUUCGCAAACGGUGAUAUUUACAGAGCUGAUUAUGAAGGUCUUUACUGUGUUAACUGCGAGGAAUAUAAGGAUGAGAAAGAGUUGCUUGAAAACAAUUGUUGCCCUGUCCAUCAAAUGCCAUGUGUUGCAAGGAAAGAAGAUAACUACUUCUUUGCUUUGUCGAAAUAUCAGAAACCACUUGAAGACAUUUUGGCCCAGAAUCCUCGUUUUGUGCAGCCUUCGUAUCGUCUUAAUGAGGUACAAAGUUGGAUAAAGAGUGGCUUAAGAGAUUUUUCCAUUUCUCGAGCAUUAGUGGAUUGGGGAAUUCCUGUUCCCGACGACGAUAAGCAAACCAUAUAUGUUUGGUUUGAUGCUCUACUUGGUUACAUAUCAGCUCUAACAGAGGACAACAAACAACAAAAUCUAGAAACUGCUGUUUCAUUUGGCUGGCCUGCUUCAUUGCAUUUGAUCGGAAAGGAUAUUCUACGAUUUCACGCUGUCUACUGGCCUGCCAUGCUAAUGUCUGCUGGUCUUGAACUUCCCAAGAUGGUGUUUGGCCAUGGGUUUCUGACAAAGGAUGGAAUGAAGAUGGGAAAAUCGUUGGGGAAUACUCUAGAACCGUUUGAGUUGGUUCAGAAAUUUGGGCCAGAUGCCGUGAGGUAUUUCUUCCUACGGGAGGUUGAAUUUGGAAACGAUGGGGACUAUUCAGAAGACCGAUUUAUAAAAAUCGUCAAUGCACAUCUCGCCAACACUAUAGGAAAUCUUCUUAACCGUACUCUUGGUCUUCUUAAAAAGAACUGUGAAUCCACUUUAGUGGUAGACUCGACAGUUGCAGCCGAAGGAGUUCCUUUGAAAGACACAGUGGAGAAGCUGGUUGAGAAGGCUAGGACAAACUAUGAAAAUCUGUCACUAUCAUCAGCGUGUGAAGCUGUUUUAGAGAUUGGAAAUGCGGGAAAUACCUACAUGGAUCAACGAGCACCAUGGUUUCUGUUCAAACAAGGUGGUGUCUCAGCAGAAGAGGCAGCCAAGGUCUUAUUUCGUUUCCCUAAUUGCCAUUCUUCUUACAAAACAAAGGAUCUAUUACCAAUUUGAUGGUUGGAGGAUAUCAAAGCUAGUGACUGGUUUUCUGCUUAUAAUUGCAGGAUCUGGUGAUUAUACUGGAAGUAAUGAGAGUCAUAGCGGUUGCGUUAUCCCCCGUUGCACCUUGCCUAAGUCUGAGGAUCUAUUCACAGCUUGGCUAUACAGAGGAUCAAUUCAAUAGCAUAACCUGGAGUGACACCAAAUGGGGAGGGCUAAAGGGAGGACAAGUAAUGGAGCAAGCGAGUCCCGUAUUUGCAAGGAUCGAGCUGAAUCCAGAGAAAGAAGAAGAUGAGAAGAAGCCAAAGGUUGGUAAGAAAACUGGCAAAGCCAAGGUCAAAGUAGUAGAGCAAACUCCUACAGUAGCUGAAGCUUAAAACCAACUCCACAAAAUCCUGAAAAACUGAUUACAGCAUUCCUCUGAUCUCUUCAAUUUUAUGAAAUACUGUAAAUUUAUGGUUGUUAUGUAAACUUGAGAAGCUCUUCAUAGUUUUGAGGGAUUAUAAAAUUUAUCUUCUUAUGGUAAAUUCUUUUUAACACAUCAAUCAAUUCCAU